UUGUGGGAAAGAAGGGUCAUUAGUGUUUUUUACACGUUCUUUUCGAUUUUGGGUUGUUGGAAUAUGUUGGAACCAAUCCUACGUUGUUGUCUGGAACGAAUAAAAAAAAACUGCAUUUUAGUGUAAGCCACAUUUUAAGUUAGCUGUAUGUUGGUCGUCACUGGGCGGUUCGUCGUUGAAAAUUCAGUACUUCAAGGCUCUUGACCUUUCUUGGAAAACGGCGAUUUCAGUAAUGGAACUGGAAGCAACUUUUUUCAUUGUUGUAACAUGGCAUGCCUAUAGAAUGUUAAUGUUAAUAAUUACCACAGUUUGGUUCUUGGAUUUCUUCUGGUGGUUGUUACCUGGUUUGUCCAAUUUUGUAGUGUUUAGAGCCAGUGAGUCUUGUUUGCUGUCAAAUUAUUGGUGUUUGAGAGAAAAAGAUGUGAGGGAACCAGCAACAUAGGUGUUUCUGGAAGGACCGAUCGCAGGAAGCUAACUGCAUUACCACCUUACUAUUUAAUCGAUUUCCAUGUUGCUGAUGUUACAACCCUGAUAUAGAUUGCACUUCAAAGUUCAAAAUCUGUUUGCAAUGUUGCAGAUAUUUAAGAUGAGAAGGAGAAACUUUUUAACAUGCCUUCUUUUUGAAUAGUUCGAAUCCUAACUAUCAUAUCAAAUUGAACCCAUUCACGUAUCGUUUGAAGAAGUAAUAACAAGUUGAUUCUCACAUGCAACACUCGUUUGUUAAACCACUCCAACGAAACGAAGUCAGUUCUACCAGAGGUGUUGUGGCGGAAAGGAGAAACGGAUUUCCGUACUAUGACUCACAAUAUGCAGUUGAUGGAGUAAUUCAGUGCGAAGACUCCAAUUACUACCCAAUCUUACCGAUGAUUCUAUUUGGAAAACAACCAUCGCGCGCCUGUUGCCUUCCGAUUCUCACCUUUCAAAUGACUUGGUAAAAGGUUGGGUACUAAAGCAAAUAUUAGGAUUUUAGAAGAUCACGAUCAAAUGUUAAGCUACUGUUCAAUUAAUAAUAGUUGAAAUUGGAAAACAGUGGUUUCGCCGCGUUUUUCCGCUUUCCGUAAAUCUUCUUGCUGGCAAGGCCGACGGAUCACGGGAUACUGCCGUCAUCGUAGUAGGUGAAGGAGAACCUUAAACGGUUUUCAAUUCAAACUCCUCUACCAUUUCGUCGUCGUUGUGUUAUUCCACUUCUUCUUCAUCGGUCUCCCGCUUUUGUUCCAGCAAUAACCAUGUUUAUUCCCUAACAACAGCACCGAUGGUAGUGGCAGCAUUUGGUCCGAUUGCCAACUUGGUCAAUUGGCUGAAUUUUCCUUCAGCGCCCUCUCCCUCGGGCAACACAGCCGAUUCCUCAUCCCAUUCGCGCAGCACGCCCAUCGUUAAUCUUUUUCUUUUACGACUGCCACUGCCUACAGAGAAACGGGGUGGCGGAAGUCUGGUCAAGAAAUUAUUGCCUCUUCGUCUCCCUGAAAGCUUGUAGUAUUUACGGGCAACGCGCAAAACUUCAUCCACUUGUUCUUUCAAACCGAAACUCAGUUCAAACAGCUUCAUCCCACCAGUCAAGCAAAAGUGAGUAUCCCGUUUCCGGUCGCAGGUGCACGAAAGCAAUCCACUUUCCAUCUAAAGGCUGACUCCGAGACACUACCAUUACAUCAAAUCAUCAAGUACUACCACUAGUGGCGCUGUUGGUAGACAAGAAGGUAAUAUGCAUCUUCCUAAUACUCCCGAUAAACUGGUUGUUUGAUGGUGAGUUUAAUGUGUGACCCCAACUACAUCAAUUACCGUGUUACACAACUUUAUUUACCACCACAGCCGACACUGUUCUAUCUGUAUGUUGCCCUGGAUUAGUUGUGUUUGCCUACCCAAUUUGGAAACUAUGUUGUAGCAUUUUUAAAAAAGGGAAAUUUCUGCAAUUAUUGAAAGUCACGGUCAGCAUAACAGCUGCGUUCGAAGCCCCAAUUGUGACCUCAACCACUAACCUGGAAGAUGGACAUAACAUUUUCUUCGGUUUCUUCAAGUCUUUACGUUUCGGAUGCUACAUUGACUAUGACUAAUAUAAUCCAAUGCCAGCUGUGCAACGCCACCUCUGCUACAGGCAUAUGUGCCAUCUGGGAUGAACACAUGUGCUGCACAGUUCUGGCUUAUACUACGUAGUUGCAAUUCGAUUUAUCAACGUCCUGUUUGAAAAGUUAAAUCACGAACUUGUGCAGUUAUCGAACAUCACUUGCAGUAUAAAGGUAUAAACAGCGCUGAAAAACAACUAUCAGGCAAUUAACAGAAAAUGUUGCCUGCACCCGUUUUUUCCAUUAUACCAUACAUUCUUCUAUUCAUUCGCAUUGUCUCCGGGGGACCUUGUGACAAUAUCGUAUCCGUAACUUCGUCAUGGUCCGGAGGUUAUACCACCGCUCUUAAAAUUCCCAUCAAGACCUCCAUCACUAAUUGGAAGAUGGACAUAACAUUUUCUUCGGUUCUUUCAAGUUUACAGGUUUGGGACGCUACGUCGACUGUAACGAACACACUUCAAUAUCGACUAAGCAACGUUAGCUAUAAUGGAAUUCAGAAUGCUGGUGCUACGUUAAGUGGGGUUGGCUUCAAUGCUUACUAUGUUUCCACAGCUCCCGCACCCGUUAUAACUAUUAUUCUUUUUAAUGGCGUCAACGUCUGCUCUAAUGUAACUAAAACUACCACUAAACCUUUAACAACAACCAAGCCAUUAACCACAACUGCUAAGCCAUUGACAACAACCAAGCUAUUAAUCACGACUGUUAAACCGUUGACAACAGCAAAACCAUUAACAACCACUACCAGGCCGGUGACUACAACUUCAGGGGGUGGAUUACCAACCAAAUACAACUACCGCGAAGCAAUCACAAAAUCGCUGCUUUUCUACUACGCCCAGCGAUCUGGCCGUCUUCCGGUCGCUGAUAACCCGAUUCCAUAUCGGCUCGAUUCGGCCGUAAAUGAUCGUGGACAAAGUGGAGAGGAUCUCACCGGAGGCUACUAUGACGCUGGAGAUCACUUGAAGCUCGGAUUUCCUUUAGCCAGCGCCAUUACCAUUAUAGCAUGGUCGAUUGUGGAUUUUCCCCUUGGUUAUUCCUCUGCAGGUCAGUUGACUAAGGCUCAAAAUAUGGUGAAAUGGGCAACCGAUUAUUUUAUCAAAGCUCACGUAGCAGCAAAUAAAUUAUAUGGACAAGUGGGCGAUGGCACUUUAGAUCAUAACUAUUGGGGGCGUCCCGAAGAAAUGACUAUGAAUCGACCGGCAUUCUUCAUUUCCGCAACAAAUCCCGGGUCCGAUUUAGCCGGAGAAACAGCUGCCGCAUUGGCGGCAACUUCAAUGGUCUUUAGAUCAGUCAAUAGCACUUACUCAGCUCUUUGCUUGACAAGAGCCAAGCAGUUGUAUGCCUUCGCCAAACAAUAUCAACGGAUAUAUAGUCAGUCUAUUCCUCAAGUAGCCGACUUUUACCCAUCAAGUGGUUUUGGAGACGAAUUGGCUUGGAGCGCUAGUUGGCUUUAUAGGGCUACUAACGAUGUUACUUACCUCAAUGACGCCAAGACAUUUUACACCCAAUUUGGUCUCUCGAGCAACCCUUGGGAAUUUUCAUGGGAUUCGAAAAACCCUGGUGUUCAGGUUAUGUUGGCCAAACUAACGGGUGAAACCCAGUACAAGAAUGCUGUAAAAGUGUUCUGCGAUUCCAAAGUAAAUCAGCCAAAAACUCCUAAAGGACUUCUUUUCAUCAACAAAUGGGGAUCGUUGCGCCAUGCAUCAAAUAUCGCUUUCAUUUGUCUUCAAGCUGCUGAACUUAACAUCAGUACACUAACAUACCGCCAAUUCGCGCAAAAGCAAAUUCACUACGCGCUUGGAGACACAGGCCGAAGCUUUGUUGUAGGUUUCGGGGUCAAUCCUCCUGUAAAGCCACAUCACUCUUCUAGUUCAUGUCCGAACAGACCUGCCCCUUGUGACUGGAGCACCUAUAGUUCGACAGGACCCAAUCCUCAGAUCCUGUACGGAGCUCUUGUUGGCGGGCCGGACGAUAAAGACGUCUACGUGGAUGAUCGGGACAACUAUGUUACAAACGAAGUAGCGUGUGAUUACAAUGCUGGUUUCCAGGCGUCUUUAGCCGCUCUACAAUCACUGGCUGUACAAGGACUCUUCAACUAGAUAACCGAUUGCAACGAUACAUAAAAGGAGAAUUUAUAAGGCGAUAUUUCAAAUCUUUCAACGAAAAACGCCAGAACUCUUGUUUCGAACUUCGAUACAGAAUCUGAUGUGUUCUCUUUCGUUACAUCGUUUGGUGGCUUCAAAUAUUCAAAAUAAUAAUUAGAUAUUAGAAUUCCGUAAAGAAUGAGUACAAUUAGCUCUUUUCCAAUCGAAAUAAAAUUCACUGCAUGCCCAA